CAAUUUGCCUCUUUUGUGCUUUUCUUUCACAUUGCCAAAAUGCAAUGGUUGAAUCAAGUGGCCCAGCAGGCUAAGCAGGAGAGCCCGUCUUGGCGUCUUUCACGACAGGCCAGGCUCUUCUAGCCUCGAGUCGAUGCCGGGGAAAAUGCUUUUAUAAUACGAGCAGGAUCCGUUUGCCUUUUUUUUUUUUUUGGCGCUGCGCUAACACGAUUUGCUUCCAAGACAGCUUAAUCUCAUUUAUAUGUUGGUUGCCCUACAGUACCUUGGGACAGGGAAGAGUAACGUGUUUGCCUUAGCUCCGUUGUUUCGCGGGACUAUCUGGCAUCCCCCUGGUCCCCUUGUGAGCGCCUUUGUCUUGUGAUUCUUUAUUCUUUUUUUUUUCUUCUGUGCUGUUUACUCUUUUAUUUCCACUCUUUUGACUGUGUUCACUCUUUCAGCUUGUUUUUAGUGGAGAGUUGCGUUGCGUUGUGCAUCUAGAGCGGCGGCAACAGGUAGAAACAAGCAUACAACCACGGCAAGCAAGAGAAGAGGGCAUCUCGUCUUACAAGCAAGAUGCAUCUCAGCGAAAAGACCGACUCGUUCUCGCCGCUGCGCCAGAUGCUGCACCACGUCUCGUCGCAGCGCCGGUACCGCAGCUAUGCCGCCGCCGGCAUCGCCCUGAUGCUGCUGUCCAUGGUCUGGCUGAGCGGCAACCUGACGGGCAGCAACUCCAGCCAGCGAUGGCUUGACGAGGCCGCCAGCAAGCGAGUGCCGCUGUGGCCGACCAAGAUCACCGGCACAAACCACACGCAUCUGGUGUCGCCCAAUAUCUGGCAGAUUGUGCUCCCCAAGACGCAGCCGUACCCGGGCGACGCCGAUCACGUCCAUGUAGACCCCAGGCAGUUGGAGCACGCCGCCUCUUGGAUUGCGACGAAUCCGGGCUACCAGUACUCGCUGGUCGGCCACAACGACGGCAACGAGUUCAUCAAGCGCCACUUCAGCCACAACCCCAAGAUUGCCGACAUCUACCACAACCUGACCAACGUGGGCAUGAAGUCCGACAUGCUGCGCUACCUGCUGCUCGAUGCCUUUGGCGGCGUCUACACCGACACCGACACCGUCGCCAUCCGGCCCGUUGACGUCUGGAUCCCCGAGCAGUUCCGCGGCAAGGCCCGCCUGGUCGUGGGCAUCGAGUUUGAUCGCCGCGACGGCGGGCCCUGGGCCGACAUCCCGCACUGGCUGCAGUUCUGCCAGUGGACCAUUGCCGCGGCCCCGGGGCACCCCGUCUUUGGCAAGAUGAUUGACCGCAUCAUCGCCUCGGUGGAGGAUCUGUCCAUUGUCUACGGCGCGCCGGUCAACAAGCUGAAGCCGGGGAGCUUCGAGGUCAUGAACUCGACGGGGCCGGCGGCCUGGACGGAUGUCGUCUUUGAGCAGCUGCAGCAGUACAACCCCAUCUUGAACGACACGCAGGAUCUCUCCUUCAUGGAGGAGCCGACGCUGAUUGGCGAUAUCCUGAUUCUGCCAAUUGACGGGUUUGGCAUGGGACAGGUCCAUUCGGCCAGUACGAAUGACGGGUCCAUCCCAGAGGGGGCUAUGAUGAAGCAUCUCUUUACGGGAUCUUGGAGGGACGAGGAGUGAUUUUGACGAGAUUUUUUUUUUAUUUUUCUCUUCUGAGUAUAUAUGAGAGCGUUUUUUUUUUCUUUUUCUUUUGGCU